AGACCUUAAUAUUUCGGGGAGGACGCCGCUGAGCGGACGAAGCAUGGGAAAGCUAGCCGGUCAUUGUUCAAUGCCUGAGGCUUCUGAAAGGGCAAGGACUGACAUUCCCAUGCAUCGGACACUCCACUGAACAAGUAAGGAAGAAGACACGCCCUACUGUAGCAGUUGGUGGCCGUUGGUUUCUCUCUAGGGCACAUCGAUACCUAGAGCGUGUCCUGAUGUUAAAGCGAUUAUUCGAGAUUAGACAUUCAUCUUGGCUCUUCAGCAGCCGCGCAUGCCUGCCAUACAUCAUAAAAGAACAACCGCGCACCUCCACGCAACCGCGCACCUCCACGCAACCGCGCACCUCCACGCAACCGCGCACCUCCACGCAACCGCGCACCUCCACGCAACCGCGCACCUCCACGCAGCCGCGCACCUCCACGCAACCGCGCGCCUCCACGCAGCCGCGCGCCAUAGAUAUAACUGUUCACCACACAACCGCGCACCCCGCGCCUCGUCUGUAGGUAG